AUGGCGAAUCGACAUAUAUCGAAUAUCUGCUCGCUCUCACGGCGCCACCGUCGCCCCCACCCCUUGUCGAUUCCAGUCGAUGCUCAUUGUACAAGAUCCCGGUUGCUAGCUCUCCAAGGCUUUCUCCGCAUUUCCUCUUCAUCGCCACCGUCUGUUUCACCAAUAUUCCACCUCCAACUUCGAAAUAUGGGCUCCGUCUCAAAAUCGGAACCAAAAGGCCGUCUUCAUGGCGGCAACAUCAAUCCCAAUGUUUUGGCUGCCAAGUAUGCGGUCCGUGGCGAACUAGCCGUCAAGGCGGAGGAAUAUCGUGAGAGACUGGCCAAUGCUGAAAAGGAAAAUAUCCAAGACGUGCUCCCUUUCGACAAGGUCAUCUUCGCCAAUAUCGGAAAUCCGCAACAAUUAGACCAAAAACCCAUCACGUUUUUCCGCCAGGUCCUUAGCAUUCUCGAGCACCCGGCCCUGCUAGAAAAUGAGGAAGCGCUGAAGACCUCCUUUGGCUACAAACAGGAUGUCAUUGACAGAGCAAAGAGGCUGCUGAAAGGUGUCCAAAGCGUGGGCGCAUACAGCCAGAGUCAUGGGGUUCCCGUCAUACGGGAGAGUGUUGCCAAAUUCAUCGAGCGCCGCGAUGGCUUCCCCGCGGAUCCGGCCCGUAUUUAUCUCACUGCCGGAGCAUCGUCCGGAGUCAACACCUUGCUCCAUGUGCUCUGCGCUGGCCCAAAAACUGGUGUGCUCGUACCCAUUCCGCAAUAUCCGCUCUAUACUGCCACCUUGUCCCUGUUAAAUGCCAAAUGCGUGCCAUAUUAUCUUAACGAAAGCGACAAUUGGGGUACCGAUGUAGAUGGGAUCAGAUCAACCAUUUCACAGGCCAAGGAGGAUGGAAUCGAUGUCCGUGCCAUCGUGGUCAUUAACCCUGGAAAUCCAACCGGUGCUAGUUUAUCCUCGGACUCGGUCAAGGGUGUUAUCGAUGUCGCAGUCGAAUCCAACCUCGUGAUCUUGGCCGAUGAAGUCUACCAAGCCAACGUCUUCGAGGGAGAUUUUACUUCAUUCAAAAAGCGCCUGCGACAACUCCAACGAGACUUCCCGAGUCAAUAUGAUCAUGUCGAACUAGCAUCGCUGCACAGCAUUUCGAAAGGCAUGGUUGGUGAAUGUGGUCACAGAGGCGGUUAUAUCGAACUCGUCGGCUUCCACGUGGAUGUCUUGGAGAACAUCUACAAAUUUAUCAGUAUCAUGCUCUGCGCUCCAGUCGUUGGACAGUGUCUCGUUGAGAUGAUGGUUAACCCUCCAGUUGAAGGAGAUCCCAGUUUCGAGCUAUACCAGAAAGAGUAUAAUGGCAUUCGAGACGGCCUGUAUCAGCGUGCCCAAACCCUUUACAAGGCAUUCCAGCAGAUGGAGGGCGUUGAAUGUCAAGAACCUAAGGGCGCCAUGUAUCUCUUCCCAACCAUCCAUCUACCACCCAAAGCGAUCGAAGCUGCCAAAGCAGCCAACCGCGAACCGGACGAAUUUUACUCCCUCCGCCUCCUGGAUGCCACAGGGGUCUGCGUCGUCCCUGGAUCCGGCUUCGGUCAGAAAGAUGGCACUCUCCACUUCCGCACCACGUUCUUAGCACCAGGCACUGCAUGGACGGAUCGCAUCGUCAAGUUCCACAAGGAAUUCAUGGAUGAAUUUAGAUGA